CUUCAAAACGGAAGGUACAGAUGAACGAAACCCAGCGUCGAAUUGUUUCGUGACCUCUGUCUCCCUCUUGUGGCGGUUCCGUAAGUGACAGGCAAAAAUCGUCCAGCCGGACCUGAAGGCUGACGCGAGUCCGUCUCACCUGCUGUGCAUUUCUGCAAGAUGCUCGAUGUCCAGUUCCGUCGCUUGUGUUUGGCGGUCUUGGCGGUCGGCUUUCACCUCGGCGGGGCGGCGGAGGUCUCAGUAUGGAGCGUGAACAUCAACUCGACACAGGACGCUGUGUUUCGGAAGACUCUGUACGCCAACACCACCAUCUUUAUGAGGUUUCUGAAUGACGUGGGGUCAUGCGAAAAAUAUCUGGCCUUUAACAUCAGCUGGUACCUGCGCUCGUCCGUUUGCUAUAAUGAGGUCUUCAACACACCAGACAACAAAGCGAUGAACAUGUUCGGCAUGGACCACAUGCUGAAAGACGGCUGGAGCGGCUUCUACAGUCAGGGCUACAUGUACUUCGAGAACUGCUCCUACCUCUUCACCCCGAAGGUGUAUUUCCCAGACUUCAACCCUUAUCAGCCACUGUCCAGUCCAAAGAGUGAUCCAUCAAAUCAGACCUUUACUUGGCCUGACAAACCGGAAAUCGGCGCGGUGGCCAAAGCGUGGGUGGACGGGCCCUACCUGUUCAUAGUGAAGGUGCAGCCGGUGGUCCGCGGCUUGGAGAUUGAAGACAUCUUAGCAGAGCAGCUCAACUUUGCUUUCACAAUGAAAGUGGAGAUGAAAGGACCACAUGACUACUCGUCCCCAGCAGACUGGCCUCUGAUGAUCUUCUUCAUGGUGAUGUGCAUCGUGUACGUUCUGUUCGGGGCGCUCUGGCUCUUCUGGUGCGCCUGUUACUGGACGGAUCUGCUGCGGAUCCAGUUCUGGAUCGGCGCCGUCAUCAUCCUCGGCAUGCUGGAGAAAGCCGUCUUCUACUCCGAAUACCAGAGCAUCCGUUACAAAGGAGACUACGUCCUGGGAGCUGUGAUUUUCGCCGAGCUGCUCUCUGCGCUCAAAAGAUCCCUGGCUCGAAUCCUGGUUCUCAUAGUCAGUCUUGGUUACGGCAUAGUCAGACCACGGCUGGGUACCACGGUGCACCGACUGGUGGCCGUUGGACUCCUCUACCUCCUCUUCUCCUCUGUGGACGGAGUGCUCAGAGUGACAGGCGGUUUCUACGGGACCGUCGCCCUCGUGGCUAAUCUCAGCCUCUCUCUCAUCGACUCGUGUGUCAUGUGGUGGAUUUUCAUCAGCUUGUCACAAACCACUCGCCUCCUGAAGCUCCGCAGAAAUGUAGUCAAGCUGUCUUUGUAUCAGCACUUUACCAACACGCUCAUCUUCUUCGUUGUCGUUUCCAUUAUAUUCAUCAUCUGGACCACCAAGGUGUUCCGGCUGGUCGACUGUCAGAGGGGCUGGCGGGACUUGUGGGUAGACGAUGCGUUCUGGCGCCUCCUGUUUUCCACUAUGCUGCUGGUCAUCAUGGUGCUGCUGCGACCAUCCGUUAACAGCCAGAGGUUCUCUCAUUCCCCUCUUAUUGACGAAGACGAUGAAGAAGAUGAAGCCAAGGAGCCUAUGAUUAACGAAGCUUUUGAAGGAAUGAAGAUGCGAGGCUCGAAACCUGACGCCAACGGCUCCCAGAAACUUCUGAAUAAAGAGGAUGAGGACCUGAAAUGGGUAGAAGAAAACAUUCCUACCUCCGUUGCUGAUGUAGCUCUCCCUGUUAUGCUGGAUGAGGAAGAGGAGAUCCUCAAAACUAAGAUGGAGCGAUCGAAAAUGGAGUAGAGGAAAAAGCAAGAAGAAAAAGAAGCAGCAAUGAAUGAAAUGAUAGAAAUGUCAUCACCAAAAAGAACAUGGAAGAAAAUUAUAUUUGAUUUAUUUAUUUAUUGUUUUCUUUUUUGCACAAGUUGUGUUCAGCUCAGAAGUGUAAAUAGUGUGUUAGAACAAGGAGACGAUGUAUAGCAGAGCAUUUCUGUUUGUUUCACCUCUGUGUCUUCACUGUCGGGUAAGCUCAAGAGCACAUCAUUUCCACGUUAAAUAAGAUUCUGAAACCUAUUCCCGUGAUAUUUGAAUUGGUACCAUGUGCAACUAAGGCGGAUAUGACUGAUGGUAAAAAUCUUCCAUCCAACGACGUCUUACUAAUGGCGUUAGAUCGACUGGAACAUGCUGAAGCAUGAAAAUGUCAUAUAGUGCUGAAAACAGCAGGGUAUUGUUGUUGAAGUCGGCACAGAGUUCUGACACUUAAACAGAACGUGCCGACUCUUAUUUGAAAUUGUUUUCAGAAUGUGUUUCAUAAUUGAUCACAUGAUAAUGGGGAAAAUAUUAGAUUGGUAUAUCAAAAAAGAUGGUGCAUAACUAAAAAAAGGAUUAAAAUGUUAUUUUUUAUAUGUGGAAAAAUAUGGCAUGAGGUUGUUUUCAACCCCACUGAGCCAGUGCUGUGUGACUUUAGCUGCAACUAAAGCUGCAGGUCUUUUCUGGUGCGUCUCUUACAGGUAAAUAACUGAACUCCAACUCCGUCAGGUGGGUUGGACAGCCUAAACGCUCCAGUCUUCUACAGAUUUUCAUUUGAGGUUGGGUCUAGACUUUGAUUGAGCCAUUCCAAGACAUGCUUUGAUUUAAACCUGUGGUGUUCAAACUUUAUGUCCUUAGAGCCAAAACUGGCAAAUGGAAGCUUUAAGUGGGCCACAAAAUCCAUUAACUUCAAAAUGAUUUCCUUUGGUGCUGUUGUUUUUAGUUUUCUUGCUCAACAAUAACAUUUCGAAAUGAAAAAAAUCUGUAAAUGUUUAAAGAUCAUAAAUAUGAAAAGGGGCUUCAAACUAUUGCGUUUUUUUAAAAAACUGACAUUUUCCAAAUUUCUGGGGUCACCAAUUGCUUUUACCACUCUUGACUUGUUGUCAGGGGCUGCAGAAAAUUGUUAUCAAGGGCAGCAAAUGGCCCCUGGCCCACACAUUGGACACGCCUGAUUUAAAAACAUUUUGCAAAAAGGUCAAAAGUUCAGUUUUGGUCUCUUCUUACCAGAUCACCUUGUUCCACGUGUUUCCUCUCUUCCUUGCACAGAUUUACGGCAAACUGUAAGCAGAAGCUCUUAUGACUUCCUUUCAACGCUGGCUUCCUUCUUGCCUUAAAGAUCAUGUUUGCGGAGGUCAUGACUAAUCGUCACCCUGCCGACACAUUCUGUCUGCUGUGCUCUCAGUUGUCAUCAUUCUGUUUGCUCAUUUGUGUAUUUUAAUCCCUGAGGCCUUCACUGGACAACUGGAAUUAUAUUGAGAUUAAUUAUAUUUACUGCACAGGUGAUUUUGCAUGAGAUUGGAUUUUAUGUAGGGAUGUAUGAGUAAAUGGGGCUGACCACAAAUGCAUGCCAGACUUUCGGAAAUCUAUCAUCUGUCAUCUAUGUUUGAGGGGUACAGAGACUUUUUCCUGCCAGUGUAUUUAAACAGUACAUUUUCUCAGAUUAUUUUUAUCCAGAUUAUUUUUACCCAGAUUAUCUCAAGGAGCUGCAUUUUAUUUUAUUUUUUUAAUAUUUCCUUUAUUACUCACUUGUAAAGUUAUGGAUGGAUAGUCUAUGAAAGGCCAAAUUGUGUUGCUUUUGACAUUAAAAAUUGUUGCGUUCAGGAUGGCAGCCAGAGAAUCUCACCCCUCAUAUCGAUGUGGUGUGGGCCUAUGUUUAUGACACACGAUUUACAGCAUGUAUGUUAGAGGCUAAUUUCAGUAAUUGGAUAGAUGCUUACUUUAGCACCUCACUCCAAUUCAGGCAUUCAUUUAAAGAAAAAAAAUCAGAAAAUUAGUGAAUAGUUAGUUACUGUUAUAAUCGUGCAAGGCUUUACCAGUCACACUGCAAAUAUAGUUUUAGUUCUUCCUCAGUUUAUGACAAUAUGUGUAGAUAUUCUGGAAUCCUUGCGUUCUGGUUUUAUAAAGAGUCAAGAAUAUUUUAGUUUGGAAAUAUUUGACAGUCUUUAAGGACUUGGAUCUGUUGUGAAGCUUUUUUGCAUAUGUUCUGCAGAGAAACUUUGUAUUAAACGUCUAUGAAAAUA